AUGACACCCAAAGUCCUCGUCGUCCUCACCUCCCAUGACAAGCUUGGCACCACCGGCAACCCAACCGGCUGGUAUCUGCCCGAAUUCGCCCAUCCCCACGAAGUCCUCCACGACAAAGUCUCCCUAACAAUCGCCUCACCAAAAGGUGGCGAAGCACCCCUCGACCCAUCCUCCGUAAAAGCCUCCGAGUCAGACGAGAUCUCCCAAAAAUUUCUAAAAGAACAGAAAUCCCUCUGGACAAACACGCACAAGCUAGCAGAUAUUCUCCCGCGCGCAGACGAGUUCGAUGCCCUCUUCUACGUUGGUGGUCAUGGACCAAUGUUCGACCUAACCAACGACCCCACCUCCAUAUCUCUAAUCGAAACCUUCGCAGCCGCCAACAAACCCGUCGCAGCCGUCUGCCACGGUCCUUGUGUCCUGCUAAACGCAAAGGCACCCUCCGGCGCACGGCUCAUCUCCGGCGUGGGCGUGACCGGGUUCUCGAAUGCGGAGGAAGAUGCUGUGCACCUGUCUACUGCCAUGCCGUUUAUGUUGGAGACGGAGCUUGGACGGGUUACUGGUGGGAAGUAUGUUAAGGCUGCGGAGCCUUGGGGGGAGAUGGUUGUUGUUGGCAAAACGGCUGAGACGGGGUCGACGAUUAUUACCGGGCAGAAUCCUGGGUCUGCGACUGGGGUUGGGAAGGCGAUUUUGAAGGCUUUGGGGUUGUAG